AUGAUGAUAAAGGCUUAUUGCAGAUCAUCAAGGAGCAUUAAGCAGCAAGGUCUCGUAAAGAUUAUUAUGAUGGUGUUAGUUGCUGCUGUGUUUCAACACAAGAUCAGAUUGGGUAGCUUCAGAAGAAGCAAGGUUCUUGGUGGGUUCUUCUGGUAUAAAAGGGCUAGUUUAAGUGGCGGCAAUCUUGUGAAUCAUUUUGUCAUAAGGCUUGACAUGCAUUUCAAGCAGGAUGCCAUGACUAGCAAUGAUACUGUACAACUAAUGGGUUGA